AUGAUCACUUGUGAUCCGAACAGUUUGUUUUUUGGUUUUAUGGGUAUAGCUGGCUGUGUUGUAUUUGCUAACUUGGGCGCAGCAUAUGGCACAGCAAGGGCUGGAGUUGGUAUUUCAUCAAUGGGCGUAAUGAGACCUGAACUAAUCAUGAAAUCUAUUAUACCAGCUGUUAUGGCAGGUAUUUUAGGUAUUUAUGGCCUUAUUGGAGCUCUAGUUAUCUUUUUUGUAAUGGGGGAACCAAAUUUUUACUCUUCAUAUUUAGCUUAUGCACAAAUGAGUGCUGGAUUAAUAAUAGGAUUAAGUUGUUUAGCUGCUGGUUUAGCUAUUGGUAUUGUAGGUGAUGCAGGUGUUAGAGCAGCUGCUCAACAGCCUAGAUUAUUAACUGGUAUGAUCCUUAUUUUAAUCUUUGGAGAGGCUUUAGCUAUUUAUGGUCUAAUUGUUGGAUUGAUAUUAGGAACAACAAAGGUUCCAGGUCAGUUAUGUGCCUCUUACACAUAA